CGUCAAAACUCGUCAAUAGAGCGGAUGUGUGUAGCAGAAGUUAACCCAAGUGGGGGAUUCAAACCGAUUUUGUUGAGCUGAAACAACAGACUCUGCUGCUACGUUAAAGUGACGGUUUUGGCCGAGCUUUUGAAUGGAUGAAAUGAAUUAAAAAUAAGAAACCAAAAUGCUGAUUGGCUGAUGCUCUGACGACGCUCGGUGGACAGUGAUUUCUGCAAUCAAAGCCAAAGCUUUUCGCGAACGAAAACUGAAUUACGGCGGCGAGUUUUCUUAUUGUUUGUCCAGUCGUUUGUCCGAAGGAGUUGCGAAAACAGGACACCCAAGGAGUGGCGCCGCGUGUGCAAGUCGUGUCGGAAAAAAAGAGUUUUUUGCGAAAGGCCGAAAACUGAGCCUCUCGUAAGCGCUGCAGCCUGGUGCGUGCCGAAGAAGCAGAAGCUAUCAGCACCAAAAACAGCUGCAACAUGCGUUUCGAACCUUUGGGCCAGAAAAUGUUCACUCGCCGCAACUGGCUGCUCCGCUGCAGCAUCCUGAUCAAUGUGGCAGUGAUCCUGUACAUUGGCAGCCAGUUGAUGAUUGGUGGCGGCAACAACUUUACGAACGGAGGGAGCUUCCUGCUGCAGGAUCAGCAGCCGGCUUCCAUCGUCCAAGUAGCACCAGGAUCUUCAGCGGCACAAGUCCAACAGCCACAAGCCACCCCAAAAAACCAAAAUCAGAUUGACAUCUUUGAGUCUGAGGAGAAGUUGCUAGCCAAUGCCAAUGCCCAAGCUGCGGUGGCAGGACCAGUUGCCCCGGCGUCUGAUGGUGCAGCUGCUCCGCUUUCGACCAACGACAGUGGCGGUGCAGCUGCUGCCCAGGCGGAUGCCGCUCUGGUGAUCGACAAUAUUGCUGGUGGAGGAGCGGCAGCGCCUCUGGGGGGCAACCCGGAGGUGAACAACACACAGUCUGACGGCUAUAUAGUCACUGGCGACGAGAAGGAGCUGGAAGAGCGGGUGCGCUCCUUGAUCAACUGCUAUGACCACGACUACCACCAGCAGACCCUGCAGCGCGGCGACUUCUGGGUGCUGCAGAACUACGUCCAGGCGGAGCACGGCGAGAUCAAGUGCCAUGAGUCGAUCACCUACACGACGCACGCAGACUACACCUUCCUGGACAACCUUGUCCCGCUGCUGGAGCGCUGGAACGCCCCGGUGAGCAUCGCCAUGCACGCGCCCGGCACCGACUUCCAGCCCACUCUGGACUCGAUCCGGUACCUGCGGGACUGCCUUCCCGGUAGCCACCUGGUGCGCGCCUACACCACCUUCCACAUCUACUUCGGCACCAAGCACAUCCCCAAGUCGGUGCCCAAGCCUCAUGACGUCCUGAAGACGGGCUACAACUGCACGCUUCCUCCUCCCUACUUCAACGUCAGCUCCGGCCACCUGUACAAGGCUCAGAAGAAGCUCCUCUAUCCGGUGAACGUAGGUCGCAAUAUUGCUCGCGAUUCGGCUCUCACCCACUUCAUCCUGGCCUCGGACAUUGAGCUGUACCCGAAUCCGGGUCUUGUGAAAAAGUUUCUUGAGAUGAUUGCCCGCAAUGAGCAGUACUUGAGGCGCAAGGCUCCUAGAGUGUUUCCUCUGGCCAUUUUUGAGGUGGAAGAGAACUCCCCAGUUCCGCAUGACAAGACUGAACUGCAGGAGUUCCUUCGCACCGGCAAGGCCAUACCCUUCCACAAACGCGUCUGUGCCAGCUGCCAUGGCGUGCCAAAGUCUAAGGAGUGGAUGUCGGCCAACGAGACAGACGAUCUCAGUGUGUUCCACAUAGGAAAACGCACUGGUUACUACGUGCACUGGGAGCCGAUCUACAUUGGCACGCACGCUGAUCCGCACUAUGACGAACGGCUCAGCUGGGAGGGAAAGAGCGACAAGAUGCCCCAGGGGUAUGCGCUGUGCGUUCUAGACUACGAGUUCCACAUACUGGACAACGCAUUCCUGGUGCACAAGCCGGGCAUCAAGGUACUGAAGAAGGACAACCGACGGGCCAUGCUGUCGGGCAAGACGAACCAACUGAUCAGAAAGAUCAUCUACCCAGAACUGAAAAUAAUGUACGGCAUGCGCAAGGGAUGUGCGAUAUAGUAACUAAUCAUGAAACUGAGCUGAGCUCACCCAGACUUGAGCAAGAUGAAGAAGAAGGCGAAAAGACUUCAACCAACUACACUAUUACUAUUUGCAAUGCUAUAGAUAGAUAGGCGGCAACGGCUCGAUAGAUUUCAAUUCAGCCUAUGGCAUAGGCAUAGGAGGCGCACUGCAAGUGUGUAUCUUUCAAUUAGCUAGAGACUUAGCGUUAGGACUAUUAGAGUAUUACGUAGUAAGCCAUAGCUGUAGGUCGUGUCGUGUCUUGUCACCUGUUGGCUUAUUCUGCGAUCGGGGUUCUUGGUCUCUAGAGCCUGUAGAGCCUUGGUAGCGAAGCUUACGUACGUUUAACGUAAUUAGGUAUGAUGCGGAGUAGGGAGUUAAGCAAGGAAGAUUUCUGAUGGCCAAAUAUCUGAUGGAUGAUUGUGAAGGAGCCACACCUGGACUUAUUCCAUAGACUUCCUGUAAAUAUUAACGCGAAUCGAAUCGCACGGUGGACACCCCCUGCUCUCUGGUAAUCCGAGACUGGAGAGUUCAGCUAACGGACUCCCACUACACAUAGGCAGUCAUUUUUCAGUUACUAUUCUAGCCCGUUACCUUAAGUUUAGUUUAGUUAGACGAAUUUUCCAUUACUUAUUACGUAUUACGUAUCCACAAACGUUUGGAAUUAGUUCUUUACUUUUGUCCUUCCUUAACGAAAUACUCAAGCAAGAGUGAGGAACUCAACUUUAUACCCGCGGGCGCAUGCCAAGCAACAGUCUAACCAUUUUAUGUCUGAAUUCUCAUGGUUACUUCUAAUACAGAAUACACAAGCAAGUUCAUAAACAUUUUCUUGGCAAUGUAGACUUACUACAACGACCAAAACGUAGAUUAGACCGACUACCGGGCCAAAAUAAUUUGUAUUUAUUAAUUGACUUCAGUAGAUGAGGUAUCAAGUGUUAAACUGCUAUCUAUUAAAUAGACUUUGAGGAGUAAA